UAAAAUUGUUGGUUUUAACGUAGUUGUAGUGGCAUUUGAAGUUAUAUAAAAUGAUAAAAUGUACAUGGACAACAAAUACCCUUUCCAUCGUACAAAUGGUGGGAACACUGCGUCGUUGUGGACAAAAAUAUGUUUUUGUUCGACUAAAUAGUAACACGACUGGGUGUGUACGAGACUACAAAAUUUUCUUUGGAUUGCACUAAAAAAAGUGUACAAAAUUGUUUGAAGACUAUCACUAUUAAAUUCUAUAAUGUAUAUAUUUUUUUAUUACAAAUCGCAUCAGCGAAAUGGAUAAUUUUAUGGGUGUGACAAAAGUGUUCCUUAGUGGAGAGCUCUUAUUUCAACCUCUAGCUGGCAAUGGCGAACAUAAUGCGUUCUACAAUAUAUACGACAAAAAAAAGGCUUAUAAGAUUCCUCUCGAUUAGGCGUGGUGCAGUUCAAAUGGCUUGACUGGACCUGGAGCGAGCUUCGAAGAGGAGCAUUUGUUCUGCUGCAAUCAUGAAAUGACAAUUGAUAAGUUUCGGGCGUGGCCCCAAGGAAAUUUGGUGAAGGUCCACAGGAAGAUACUCCUUUGACAUACUUAAUCUAUGGGAGAAGGAUCAGAUACUGAAAAUUCGGCCUCAGGAUCAGACAAUGAGACUAAAAGCGAAUCGUCAUCCAACAAUUCAGGUUCCGAAAGUGGUUCAGGUUCCUCAUCAUCAGGUUCUGGCUCUGAAAGUGGUGCAGAACAGGAAAAUGUAGAAAAUGGUUCCGGAAAUGAAGAAAAUGAGGAAUUAAAAAACGAAGACAGUCAAGACACAAAUUUCUCAAAUCCAAGUAGUCCAAAUACGUCGCCAGAUUCCAAACCUAAAAGGUUGUCUGACUCAUCAAAGGAGCUGGAAAAAAGCCCAGACGACUAUAGCAUUCGUAGGUCAGCUCGACCAAGAAAAGAACCACAAAGACUGCAAAAUAAAGAUAGUGAGAAAAAUAAGAAAAAUGACGAAUGGAAGUACAAUGAUGCAAGUUCCUCGGAAUCGGAUAAUGAACUACGAGGAAAGCCCCCACCGAGCAAAAGGGUGGGGGCAAGGUCACGUGCUACUGUGAUAAAGAAGAAACCUGUGAAAAAGACCAGAAAUAAAUAUAGUUCUGAAGAAGAAAGUAGCGAUGAAGACACAGAUGAGGACAGUCGACGAGCUGUAUCUAGAAGAUCAGCUGCUACCGUCAGUUACAAAGAAGAAAGUGAAGACGAAAAAACUGAUUCUGAAGAUCUGCUAGAAGUUGAUAAUAAUGAACCAGUCGAGACAGUGCCUGAAGAAAAGUGUGAAACUAUAGAAAGGAUUCUAGCACAAAGAAGAGGCAAAAAAGGAGUUACGGGUAAUAUUACAACAAUCUAUUACAUAGAAGAAAAUGGUGACCCUAAUGAAGGUGUUGAUUCAAAUGAUAUGGAAAGCACCGAGGAUCAGUACUUCAUCAAAUGGAAAGACUGGGCCCAUAUUCAUAAUACUUGGGAAUCCGACAUUUCUCUUCGAGAACAAAAAGUCAAAGGUUUAAAAAAAUUGGAGAAUUACAUUAAAAAAGAAGUUGAAAUUCAACAGUGGUUAAAGUAUUCCACGCCGGAAGAUGUAGAAUAUUACGAAUGCCAACUUGAGUUAUCACAAGAUCUUUUGAAAAGCUACAAUGACGUUGAAAGGAUAAUAGCCAAAUAUGAUAAACCUGAUGGUGGCACCGAUUAUUUUAUUAAAUGGGAGAGUCUUCCAUAUGCCGAUUCAACAUGGGAAGACUCCGCCUUGAUACAGAGGAAGUGGCCUCAUAAAAUAAAAGAAUUUGAAGAUAGGGAGUCCUCGUCAAAGACACCAACGAAGCACUGUAAAGUCUUGAAAUGCCGACCUAAGUUUCAUGAAGUCAAAACUCAGCCUGAAUAUAUGACUGGUCGUGAUAAUAAUUUAGUUCUGAGGGACUACCAAAUCCAUGGUUUAAACUGGAUGAUUCAUUCAUGGACAAAAGAGAACUCGGUAAUCUUAGCUGAUGAAAUGGGUCUUGGUAAAACGAUACAGACAAUAUGCUUUCUGUACUAUCUCUUCAACACGCACCAUUUACGAGGACCGUUCCUGUGUGUAGUGCCCCUUUCAACAAUGACUUCAUGGCAGCGCGAAUUCGCACAGUGGGCACCCGAUAUGAAUUUUGUCACUUACAUAGGAGAUGUCCAGUCGAGAGACACAAUUCGUCAGUACGAGUGGUGUUACGAAGGCUCGAAAAGACUGAAAUUUAGUGCUAUUCUCACUACGUAUGAAAUCGUGCUUAAAGAUAAGGCUUUUCUAGGCAGUCUAAGUUGGGCGGUUCUAUUAGUCGACGAAGCACAUCGCCUGAAAAAUGAUGAUUCAUUAUUAUACAAGGCUUUGAUGGAGUUCGACACCAAUCAUAGGCUGCUAAUUACGGGUACACCUUUACAAAAUAGUCUCAAAGAGUUAUGGGCACUACUUCAUUUCAUAAUGCCGCAAAAGUUUAACUCUUGGGAAGAAUUCGAAAAAGACCAUGAAAAUGCAUCUACAAAGGGUUAUGGAAAGUUACAUAAACAAUUGGAACCAUUCAUUCUGAGAAGAGUAAAAAAAGAUGUGGAGAAGUCCCUUCCUGCUAAAGUUGAACAAAUUUUACGAGUGGAAAUGACUGCAAUACAAAAACAGUACUACAAAUGGAUUUUAACAAAAAAUUACAAUGCACUUCGAAGAGGUGUUAAAGGUUCAACAAAUACUUUCCUAAAUAUUGUAAUUGAACUUAAAAAGUGCUGCAAUCACGCUUUUUUAACAAAACCGACAGAAUAUGAAAACCAGAAUUCUCAACAAGAUCACCUUCAAAUGUUGUUGCGUGGGUCGGGAAAAUUAGUAUUAUUGGACAAACUUUUAAUUAGGCUUCGUGAGACGGGCCAUCGAGUUUUGAUUUUCUCACAAAUGGUCAGAAUGUUGGAUAUCUUGGCAGAAUAUCUGCAACUGCGACAUUUCCCUUUUCAACGACUAGAUGGUGGCAUUAAAGGUGAACUUAGAAAACAAGCUUUGGAUCAUUUCAACGCAGAUGGGUCUCAAGAUUUUUGUUUCCUGCUAUCGACACGUGCUGGCGGCCUUGGCAUUAACUUAGCAACUGCCGAUACCGUUAUUAUUUUUGACUCUGAUUGGAACCCGCAAAACGAUCUUCAAGCACAGGCCAGGGCUCAUAGAAUUGGACAGAAAAAUCAAGUGAACAUAUACAGAUUAGUUACUGCAAGGUCGGUUGAAGAAGAAAUUGUGGAACGUGCCAAACAAAAAAUGGUGUUGGAUCAUUUGGUUAUCCAACGUAUGGACACUACUGGAAGAACUGUCUUGGAUAAAAAGGGAUCUUCCAAUAAUAAUCCGUUCAAUAAAGAAGAUCUCACUGCUAUAUUGAAGUUUGGUGCUGAAGAAUUAUUCAAGGACGAAGACGAAGAUGAGGAGCCAAAUUGUGAUAUUGACGAAAUUUUACGGCGGGCUGAAACGAGAGAUGAUGCCCCAGCUAUGGUUGGUGAUGAACUUCUUUCUGCUUUCAAAGUAGCAAGUUUUGCGGCAUUUGAUGAAGAUGCUGAACCUUCGCCUACAGAUAAUGCAGGGGAUGAAGAAAGUAAAGAUUGGGAUGAAAUCAUUCCAGAAAAACUCAGGAAGAAAGUAGAGGAAGAAGAAAGGAAUAAAGAAAUGGAAGAUUUGUAUCUUCCACCAAGGAGUCGAAAAACAUUGCAACAAAUUAAUCAAUCAGAAAGUGAUGGUGAAGAUGGUAAGGGGAGGAAAAAAAGGAAAAAAGAUGGAGAUGAAUCCGGCGGGUCCAGUGGAGAAGCUGAAGACACCGAUGAUGAACGACCAAGAAAACGUGGAAGACCACCUGCUGGUAACAGGGAGAAAAUUAAGAAUUUCAGUGAUGCUGAGAUUCGACGGUUCAUCAAAAGCUAUAAAAAGUUCAGUGCACCACUUAAGAGAUUAGAAGAUAUAGCCUGUGAUGCUGAACUGCAAGAAAAACCACUCUCAGAAUUAAAAAAAUUGGGUGAACUGUUACAAGAAAGGUGCCGAGCAUUCAUGAAUGAACAAACCAAAGAAAACACGGAGUCCAAUAACCAAGAUGAAAAUAAGGGGAAGAAGAGACUAAGGGGUCCAUCAUUCAAACUGGGUGGUGUAUCCGUCAAUGCAAAAACUAUGAUGGCAUGCGAAGAGGAGUUACAACCUCUUGAUGAAGUCUUACCUGUAGAUGCCGAAGAACGAAGUCGUUGGAUGUUUGACGGUAAAACUAAAACUGCCCAUUUUGAUGUAGAAUGGGGAGCAGAGGAAGACACAAAAAUACUAAAAGGUAUUUAUACGUAUGGUUUGGGAUCUUGGGAACAAAUAAAACUUGAUCCGACACUGGGAAUUGGUGAUAAAAUAUUAUUAAAUGAAGAUAAAAAACCUCAAGCGAAACAUCUACAGUCUAGGGCGGAAUACUUGCUCCGAAUAUUGAAGAAGCAGUUAGAUCAGAAGAAGGGUGUCCCGAAACCAAAAAGACAAAGAAAACCAAAAGAACGGGAUAAAUUACCUUUAACAAAAGAAAUCGUAGAAGAUGAUAUCAGUUCAAAUGAUGAGUCGACAACACAUAGUAAUACUACACUUAGCAGUACAUCAGUAGUCAAUAAGAAAAUCAUUAAACCCCUGAUUAAAAAAGAAGAAAAGGAUGAAGAGGCCGGCAAUAAAAGUAAUGCAGAGAAGAAGAAGAAAAAGAAGGAAAAGAAAAAAGACAAGAAAGUGUCGGGGCCGAUGUAUUUUUCAACUAAUGAACCAAUUGCUCUUAACGUACUAGGAGAUUUAGAUCCUGCGAUAUUCAAUGAGUGUAAGGAAAAAAUGAGACCUGUAAAGAAAGCUUUGAAGGCUCUUGACAAUCCCGAUCAGUCUUUUUCAGAAUCGGAGCAAGUUCAACAUACAAGAGAAUGUCUCUUACAAAUAGGAGAACAAAUUACUAGUUGUCUUGAUCAGUAUUCAGAUCCUGAGAAAAUUAAAGAAUGGAGAAGCAAUUUGUGGUACUUUGUUUCGAAAUUUACUGAAUAUGACGCAAAGAAGUUGUAUAAAUUGUAUAAAAAAGCUUGCAAGAAAUCGGAAAAAUCUGAAAAGAAAGAGAAAGACAAAGAUGACGGUGCGUCAACUAGUAAAGAAAAAUCUAAACAUGUUUCUAAAGACAACAACAACAAAGAUGGUAACAAAGAACAUGUUAAAAGAAAACAUGAAGGCGAAUCAGAGAAGGAAGAGUCGAAAAAGCAUCAUGGUGAAAAGAAGGAAAGAAAGCAGAAAUACCCUGAAAAGGAAAAAGAACGAAAACGAACACGGGAUGAAACUACUCCGGAGGAGGAAAGCGAUUUUCGAUUUAAUCGGCAUAGGAAACCUGGAGGUUCUCAAAAACUCUUUAGGCACGAUCAGCAUCCUCAUAUAGACCAUGAUAGGUGGCUUGGCAAUCAACAAAGAGAAAGAUUCCCCGUAGACCACAAACGACCCUUUGAUUUCCAACGACCGUCGAAUUACCAUAGAGAAAGGGAUUACCCGAGACCUCCUGAUAAAAGAUCUCCAGAUGGCAAGGGGGAUUGGAGGCAGCAGUACCAGCGGAGAGAUAUUUUAUCCGGAGGAAGGCCCCACCCGUACUACCCUCCAAACUUUGUUCCGCCUAUGUACCCACCAGAGCAGUAUAGAGAUCGGUUUCCAGCUGGUGACUGGCGACCUCCAGAUAGAGACUAUAGAUAUGACCGUCGUCAACAAUAAAUUAUAAAUAUUUACUUAAAAUAUGACUAAUUUGUACAUGUUGAAAUGUACCUCAUUUUUGUAUUAUAGAUAGUACUCAUGGAACCUUUUUUGAGAAGUUAUUGAGAACCAGUUUAAAGUGUAAUUUAUAAUUUAAUGAUUUCGGUCGUCUUUCUCAAUAAUUUUUCAGAAUUUUUGCAUUUUUUGAUUACCAAAUGUUUUAUAUUGAUUUGUUUUGAUUGUAUAUUUUUAAUUGUUUAUAAAGGAGGCUGUGUUAUGUCGACAUUCAUAUAUAUCUAUAUAUUAUAUAUAUGCAGGCCUACCAACACAGUGUAUAUGAUUGGUGUACAUACAGAUAGAUAAAUAUGUUUUGAUAUUAUUUGUUUCAACUGUUUUCGACGAUUAAACCCUUCACCUCUUUCA